AUGGAACUCUCGCAUCGUGAGCUCCUCAUUACUAAACCGGGAGCCACCGGGAAGAUUGCCCCAGCCCCCAGCGCCGGUGCCGGCUUCGCCCGAUCGGAAAGCCACCUCAGCUCAUCGAGCGCCAUCAUCAUCGAGGCGGAAGCUUGUCGACAGAGGUACAAGCGUUUGCAUCCAAAGGAUUGUGCAGAUGAUGAGAAGGACUACAAGACCUUGGUUCACACCCUCACGCAAGAGAGGCUCUCGGCGAUUUUCAAGACGAAGAUGGGCGAGGGCGCGUGCAAGACAGGGCUCUGCGGCUUGAAGGAGGAACAAGCUCGGGUCUACUUCAACGUGUACGGUAAGAACGAGAUCACCCCGCCCAAGCGUGAGAAUAUUUGGAUUAAGUUGCUGAGGCAGACCUUCCUGGGGAUUUUCAACAUCCUUCUUUGGUCCUGUGUCGUUGCAGAGGUCGCCCUCAUCGUCAUCUUCUCAGGCAGCAGCCCAGGAGCUGAAGUGACACACCUGAAUGCCACGCAGAAGGAGGCUCAGCCAGCAGAGGAAGGUCCCGACUACGUCACGCCCAUCAUCCUCUCGGCUGUGAUCGUUAUGGCUGCGUUGCUACAGUGGUACUCCGAGCUGAAGGCCGAAUCUCAAAUGGAAGCCAUGCAGAAGCUGCAGGCCGCAUCCAAGGUGCCAACAGUACGGAUGGACCAUGGCCGACGCGUCGACCUGGAGCUGGAUCCGGUGAACCUCGUUCCAGGCGACAUCAUCUUCCUGCAGGCUGGGGACCGCAUCCCCGCGGACGUGCGGAUCCUGCACUGCACCGACGGUACCGAGGUGGACAACAGCGCACUCACGGGUGAGUCCAUGCCGGAACCGCGCCACAACAAGACGGAGCCGGUGACCUGCCCACCACCCGAAGCUCGGAACCUGGCCUUCUUCGGGACCACCGUCCUGAAGGGCAAUGCCACCUGCCUCAUUCACGCCACGGGCGACGCGACCUUCUUGGGCAAGAUCGCCCAAGGCAUCAAGUCCUCCAGGGUGAAGUCCACUUUGGAAAUCCAGAUCGAACACUUCGUCCACAUCAUUGCCGUGGUCGCCAUCUGUGUAGGCCUUCUGAGCCUUUUGGCCAAUCUCCUCAGUCCGGUGAAGCGCGGACCCGCGGAGAUCCUGCAGAGUAGCGCCGCAGCCCUCUUCGCACAGGUGCCAGAAGGCCUUUUGCCCACUGUGACCAUUUCCUUGAUGAUUGCCUCCGACCAGAUGGCCAGUCGAAAUGUCAUCGUGCGCAAGAUUGACGCGGUCGAAACCCUCGGCUGCGUGUCGGUGUUCUGCUCCGACAAGACAGGCACCUUGACGACGGGUGAGAUGGCCGUGCAGGACUUAGUGGUGCAAUCUCCCGGCGCCACCUUCGGCUUGGAGGUGCACAACCGCGAUCGGGACUCUUCGCUUUUCAAGAGCCAGCCGGCGCUGGAAGAGAUUUCGAUGUGUGGCGUGCUGAACAACGGGGCGGAGUUCAAGGUGGAAGGGAAGGAAGAACGAUGGACUGGUUCUCCGACGGAGGUCGCGAUCCUGAGGGCCUGCGCCGAGGUGCAGGGAGGGCCCUCGCCAACAGCUUCGUUGAAGCAAAAGUCUGAGAACUUCAAAUGCUUUGAGAUCCCCUUCAACUCGGAGAAUAAGUGGAUGCUGACCAUCCAUGGUGACCAGAACAACGGCUACUUCGCGAUCUUGAAGGGAGCACCAGAGCGGGUGAUGAAGUACACCACCCUGCAGAGCGAUCCCAGCAUUGUGGGGAAGGUGGAGCAGCAACUCCAAGAUCUCAUGGGACAGGGCCGUAGGGUCCUUUGCAUCGCCAAGCGCUCGCUGGAGCAGAACGAAAUUCCCAUGGGCGCGAAGUUCGAAGGCACCAACGAUAAGGAUUGCAACUUCCCCAUGAAGGACUUCAAGUUCGUCGGCCUCUACGGCAUCGAGGACCCGCCGAAGAAGGGCGUGGCGGAGGCGGUGGUUGAUGCACAGAAAGCCGGUGUGAAGGUGGUCAUGGUCACGGGCGACCAUCCGGACACCGCCCGCGCGAUCGCAUCUCGAAUCAACAUCCUGGGUUCUACGGUGGAGACGCCCUCCCACGAGGCGGAGCAGCUUCAGGGAGCCACCGAGUUCUCGGUGAUCACCGGGGCGCGGCAGCCCAGGAUGCGGUGGGAGGGCGAGGAGAUUGUGGCCAAUAAAAAGGACUUUUUCAAUGAGAUUGAAGAGGUCCGCGAGGCCUUGAAGAAGGCGGUGGACCUGGAUGUGCCAAUGAAGACCUGCAAAGAGAACUGCGAACGCAUUGGGCAAAUCUGGAGUCAAUAUCAGGAGCAGCCGGCCUUGCUCGAUCCGUUUUUGGAGGAGAUGGUCGAGCCACUGAUGUCCACGGUCGCCAGAGCCGCCCACCAAAGGCAAGUGGAUAGCGUCCGGCUCCAUUUGAUCAGUUCCUUGCUCUAUUUGCUGACCACUGUGAGAGGCUACAAGACGGUGGUGCGGCUUUUUCCACACGAGGCGGCUGACCUGGAAGUAUGUCUGGAAGCAGCUGAAGAAGAGGCGAGCAAGGAGAGGCUUGAAACUUGGGCCACUCUCUACUGCUUCACGCUUUGGCUGGGCAUGGUACUUCUGACUCCGUUUGACCUUGUAAGCAUUGACUCCGGGCAUGAGUCCAAUGCUUCUCUGAGCAGUCGGAUUCUCACCUUCGGGCUGAAGGGGCUACGCAGCACCAGCCGGACGCGGGACGCCUCCGCUUGGAUGCUGGCGAAGUUCUUCGGUCGGCCCGAUGUGAGCUCCACAGGAGCGUUGCAGUCCUUCGUGGCCUGGACCAAAGAGCUCUGGGCCGAAGAGACCUGCACUGGAGCUGCCUUCGCCCGCAGUGGGGCACUCCAGGCGUGGAAUCAGACCUUGAAGCUGGCGCCCCGCACGGUGAUGAGUGGCUUGUGGUCCCAAGUCCUUCGACUGGUUUUGGAUGGCCCCAGUGGCCGCCAGGAUGAUGAUUUUGGAUCUUCCAACUUGAGGAAGCUGAGAGUGGCGGUCGCCUGCCGUGCAGCUUUGGUGGUCUUACCCGUACGCUUAGCACCCUGGCGCUACGCCCGCGGUCAGCGAUCGCUCUUGGUGAACUUCGCUCGAGCCACGGGCGCGGUGGCCUCUCAAGCGGCAGGUGUAAGCACAGCUGUGGCGGAGGAAGAGGAGGAUGAGGAAGAUGCGCCAGAAGAGGUCGAAGAAGUGGUGGAACUACUGCUGACAUCUCUGAGCAACAAAGACACCGUCGUGCGGUGGGCAGCCGCGAAGGGAGUCGGUCGGGUGACGAAUCGCCUGUCUCGUGAUUUUGGCGACCAAGUCUUGGAAUCGCUGCUGGAGCGUUGCUUCUCGUUCCGCGAGACGGACAAGGCCUGGCACGGCGGCUGCUUGGCCCUGGCGGAGCUCACGCGCCGCGGCCUUCUGCUGCCCGAACGACUGCCGACGGUGAUCCCGCUGGUGUGCCAAGCCUUGCACUUCGAACAAGUCUCGGGGAACUACACGCUGGGCCAACACGUGAGGGAUGCCGCCUGCUACGUGUGUUGGGCCUUCGCUCGCGCCUACGCGCCGGAUGUCUUACAGCCCUUUGUCGUGGACCUGGCGAGCGCGCUCAUUCAGGUAGCGGUCUUCGAUCGUGAGAUCAACUGCCGCCGGGCGGCGGCCGCGGCGGUGCAGGAGAACGUGGGGCGCCAAGGGACCUUUCCCCAUGGCAUCGACGUGGUGACCAUCGCCGACUACUGGACGCUCUCGGUGCGCCGGAUGGCCUACCUCGAGGUCGCGCCGCAGAUCGCCGGGUUGGGCUCUGGAGGCUAUCGGAAGGCGUUGAUCGAGCACCUGGUGGAGAAGAAGCUGCCACACCAGGACAUGCAGAUCCGUUUGCUGUCUGCGCAGGCGUUGGCGAAACUGGCCGACACUGCCUCUGAGGAGACCUUGGAGCUGUUGAACUCCCACGUUCUCCCUCGGCUCCUGGCACGCUGCCACGACGCCCAGUCCACGGUGCAAGCGAAGCACGGCGCGGUGGAAGGUGCUGCGGAGCUGGUUCAGGUGAUGCAGGAGAGGGUCUCAGCUGAAAACCAGCAACAGAUCCGCAACCUGGUCCCUGCGCUCGAGAAGGCGCGCGCCUACCGAGGCCGUGGGGGUGAAGUGAUUCGCCAGGCCGCCUGCCGUUUGUUGGGAACGAUUGCUGGGACCUCCUGGAGCUUCAAGGAGGCCACGGCGCAGCGCUAUCUCCAGACCCUGGAGGAAUGCAGUCGCCACACCACCGAUGCCAUCCAGGUCGCUGCCUCUGAAGCCUUCCAGGUUUUAGCCGAGAAGCGAUUGUCGGAGGAGCUGAUGAUGAAAUCUGUGGAGAGCUACUUACAAGGCCUCCGAAAGCCCAACGAGACCAUCGCCGCGCGGCGGGGCUACGUGCUCUGCCUGGGCGCGCUCCCACGGACCAGCGCUGCUCGCUGCGCUGGCCCGGCGUGGCGCCUGCAGGUUCUGGAGGCCUUGACGAAGGAAGCACUGAACCAAGAUCUCCCAGGCGGCAAGGAGCAGGAGGACCCCACGACGCGGCAAUAUGCGGUGCUGGCCCUCGGGUGCCUGUGCAUCGGUGCUUCGCUGAGCAGUGAUGAGGUGGCUGUGCUGCUGAGAGCGCUGCAAGGCACCAUGAAGGAUUAUGCCACCGACCGACGCGGAGAUGUGGGGUCGUGGGUGAGGGAGAUUGCGAUGGAGGUCAGCGUGGCGUUGCUGGAGCAGCAGCGAGUGACGGACGGGGCACCAGAGCUGCCGGACACAUCGACGUCCACGCAGUUGAUGGCCUUGGUUCUGCAACAGGCAGUGGAAAAGAUCGACCGACUAAGGGAACGAGCAUUUGGACUCUUGCGGAGGCUUUGCACCGCGCCCGACGGCGCCGUCGGGCUGCGCGACGCCUACCGCCGCGUCCUGCACGGCGAGGCCUACGACGCCGCGGCAACGGCGGGUCGCGGCGCGGCCGCGGGCGGUGCCGCGGCGCGUGCGGCGGCGGCCUGGCCGCCGGCAGAGUUGAAGGUGAUCGGUGAGUGCGUGGCGCAAAGUAUCGAGGCCACGCCCAUGGCGGAGCCGACCCAGGCGGAUCUGCAACAAGAUCGAAGCUCUGCGGUCUUCGAGGCUCUCGCGCCGCUGGCGGCGCUGGACGCCUAUCGACCCGCGAUCUUGAAGGGCAUCGUUGUCUCGGUGGGCGGCAUCACCGAGCAUACCGCCAAAGCCCCCUUCUCGCAGAUGGUUUGGUCCGUUCGAACGGCGUUCGUCGAGAUUGGGGAUGCCAUCGAUGCAAAGCGAGCCUUGCUGAAGCAGCUGAACAGUGGCACCUUGACGCGGCAGGAUCUGGGUGCUGAGCUCCUAAAGCUGUACGACUCGGUGUCCAUCCGCGACAGCGACCCCGAAGCGAAACGCUUGCUGGCGCCACUGAUGAACACUGUGGGAGUACUGCUGGCACAGGAGAGAACGAGACUGGAAUCUGCUUAUGACUGCUUAAUGGAAUUUUUGUUUGGAGCGAUGAAGACUACGAGAAUCCAAUGUCCAACUUCUAAGGCCGUGUUUGUGGGGCUGCUGCGCUGGCCAAGUGUGCGGAGAGAGUCCUUGCUGAUGUUGCUGCAGUUCCUGGGCUUCAGCUUUCCAACCGUGCGGCAGGCCACCGCUCAGGCGUUGUACAUCUUCUUCUUGGAAGAGGGUGACCUGGAGUUGCCCGCCGCUUCAAACGUCGAGGUGGGGCGGUGUAGCCACACGGGCCGUGGGUGGGACUCUUUCUGCGUAGGUUCGGACGUUUGGUAUAAUAGUACGAUCCGCGCGUGUGUUUUUUUUUACAUUUUUUCUUGCGACGUUUGGAAGGGGUUCAGCUUUGAGGAUGGAGAAGGAUGA